AUGGAUUCUUUAAAUCUUCAUGAAUCAAUCAAGAACUGCAAUCUGAACAAUAAGAGUUCGCAUGCAAUGAAACGUGAGCUUAUUAAAGAAAUUAACAGCCUCAGUCAAGAGCUCAUAUCGCUGGAGGAGGAGAAAGAAGUAUUAGAAAGACAUAUUCAACGGAUUACUGAUACAAGUUCCGUGUUGAUGCAAGUCAUUACAACGAAAACAUCUGAAUUAGAUCGUCUGCAGAAGAUCAUUGAGCUUUAA